AUUUUCUUUCUUUUUUUUUUCCUUUUUCAAUCACCUCCGCUUCCUCCGCCGCCUCGGCGCGAAGGCCAUCGCCGGAUUCCCCGCUUCCUCCGCCUGGAUUGCUCCGCACGCAAUCGGCCCUGGUUUCUUCCCGGCGGCGUGGUCGUCGCUGUUCCCCACCCGCCGCCGGCGCCGCCGCAGCCGGCGUCUGAGUUGAGGGAGGAGGGAGGAACGGCGGCGCAAUGGCGGUGGCUGCGGCGCUGCUGCGCCGGAGGGCGCUCUAUUCGGCCCUCGCGUCGCCCUCUUGGCUCCAUGAUACCAGUUCCUGCUACAUUUGCUCCAUUUCUGGUACACAUUCUUUGGUCAACCAUCCCAAUUUGAGAUUACAGAGGGGCUACCACAACUCUGGGAAGUUUGAUUUGACCGACUUGACCCAUCCUCAUAUAUGGUAUCCGAAUGCCCGAGAAAAGAAGCGCAAUGUAUUUUUACAUGUCGGUCCUACAAAUAGUGGGAAGACACAUAAUGCUCUCAAGAGACUAGAAGCAAGUUCUUCAGGAGUAUACUGUGGACCUCUUAGAUUGUUGGCACGGGAGGUAGCUCAAAGACUAAACAAAGCUAAUGUCCCUUGUAACUUAAUUACUGGACAAGAAAGGGAGGAAAUUGAAGGUGCAAAGCAUAGCUCAGUGACAGUUGAGAUGGCCGACAUGACAACUGAGUAUCAAUGUGCCGUUAUUGAUGAAAUUCAGAUGGUUGGCUGUAGAUCGAGGGGUUUUUCAUUCACUCGUGCACUUCUGGGGCUUUGUUCAGAUGAGCUUCAUGUUUGUGGUGACCCAGCUGUGGUUCCUCUCAUUCAGCGAAUUCUCGAACCUACUGGUGAUGUGGUUACGGUCCAAUAUUAUGAGAGGCUAUCUCCAUUGGUUCCUCUGAAGACUACUCUCGGGUCUUUCUCUAACAUUAAGGCAGGGGAUUGCGUUGUAACGUUCUCACGACGAUCUAUCUAUAUGCUUAAGAGAAGAAUUGAAAUGGGGGGUAAGCAUCUUUGUUCUGUAGUCUAUGGCUCAUUGCCACCAGAAACUCGAACAAAACAGGCGACAAUGUUCAAUGAUCAAGAUAGUAACCUUAAUGUGUUAGUGGCUAGUGAUGCUAUUGGAAUGGGUCUUAAUCUGAACAUUUCUAGAAUCAUUUUCUCUACACUGGAGAAGUUUGAUGGCAUCUGCAACAGGGAACUAACUGUGGCCGAAAUCAAACAGAUUGCUGGAAGGGCUGGGAGAUAUGGAUCUAAAUUCCCAGUUGGUGAAGUGACCUGUCUAAAUUCUGAUCAUCUUCCAUUACUACACUCUGCUCUGAAAUCACCUUCUCCCAUUAUAGAGCGCGCUGGACUUUUCCCCACAUUCGAUGUAUUAUCUCUGUACUCACGAUUGCAUGGAACUGAUUUUUUUCAACCUAUAUUGGAGCGUUUCUUGGACAAGGCUAAACUAUCUCCAGACUAUUUCAUUGCUGAUUGUGAAGAUAUGCUGAAAGUUGCUGCUAUUGUUGAUGAGCUACCACUUGGACUAUAUGAUAAAUACCUCUUCUGUCUCAGUCCUGUGGACAUUCGUGAUGAUAUAUCUACUAAAGGAUUAAUUCAGUUUGCAGAAAAUUAUGCAAAGAAAGGUAUUGUUCGACUCAAAGAGAUAUUUACACCUGGGACACUCCAAGUGCCUAAAUCGCACAAUCAACUGAAGGAGCUUGAAUCGAUUCACAAGGUGCUAGAGUUGUAUGUGUGGUUGAGCUUCAGAUUGGAGGAUUCCUAUCCAGACCGUGAAUUGGCAGCUUCCCAAAAGUCAAUCUGUAGCAUGUUGAUUGAAGAAUAUCUGGAAAGGUCCGGCUGGCAGCAAAAUGGACGAAAGGACUUUUUGCAGAAGCCAAAAAGACUACACCAAGAAUAUGAUGCAUCACAAUUGCGCAAAUAUUUUCAAGAAAUUGAUGUGAGAUCAAAAUAAGAUGCUUAUGCUAGAAAGUCGCCUCACAAUAUCUGCUUCCGGACAACGGAUUUGCUCCUGUUUGCAUACGUUAUGGUCGAGGAGAGGCGACAAGCCGACAAUACAUUUUAUGGAUGACAGGAGUCAAAAGAAUAUCCUUUGCCGACAAUACAUUUUAUGGAUGACAGGAGUCAAAAGAAUCAUCCUUUGCCAAAACCAUUUAAUUGGCCUAAGCAGUAAAUGUGGCAGCACCUGUCCUCCAUCCAAACAAUUUUGUAGCUAUUCUUUCAUUACACUUUAUUUUAAUUAUUUCUAACACAGAUGGAGCUGUACAUCACGAUGAAACGUCUAAAUGUUCGUUAAAGUUAUUAACAUAGACAGGACGAAGCCACCUGUAAACUUUGCGGUUGUAACUCUUUGUGUUAUGAAAGGUGUAAAUAUGUCAAAAUGACAGUUGUCAAGUGAUGUUUCUUGGGCAGCUAAA